AUGGUCCGCGCCAUCGCCAGCCGGCCAGCACUCGGAAGAUUUCCAUCGGCAGACUACGCAGACCUCCUCAAGACCGGCACCUUGAAAGCCGCGCCGCAAGGUCUGAAUCAAGUCUUCACGGCAACCACAGGAUCUGAUGCAAACGAGAAAGCGUACAAGGCCGCCUGCAUUUGGAAAGGGACCAGGGAACCGCAGCCGAGCAAGCCGAUUUACCAAUUCGAUGUGCCGGCUUUCGACUGGCUUGUGGCUCCUCUCCCGCAGUUUCAGUACCCCCUCGACCAAUUCGCAACUGAGAAUGCUGCUGAGGAGAAGAGGUGCCUUGAGGAAACGGAGCUUGUGCUCGACGAGGCUAACGACACCGUCGCGGCAGUGGUCAUUGAACCUGUGCAAGCCGGGGGCAGCGACAAUCAUGUGUCCCCUGCCUUCUUCCGCGGGCUUCGUGCGCUUAACAAGCGCAAGAGCGUGUUAACGAUUGCCGAUGAAGUUCAAACAGGAGUAGGUGCAACUGGCAAGUUCUGGGCCCACGAGCACUGGAAUCUCCCGUCUCCGCCAGACAUGGUCACCUUCUCGAAGACGGUGCAGGCGGCGGGUUUCUCUUCAGCGACGCUGGUCUACGGCCUGACAAGCCGAACCGGCAGCUCAAAUACUUGGGUAGGCGAUCUCGUGCGUGCGCUACUGUUCAAAGCGAUUUAUGGAGAGAUUGAGAAGCAUGGGUUGGUUGAGCAAACGGCGCGGAUCGGCAGUCACCUGUACCGAGAGCUGGAGGCGCUGGCGGACAAGUACCCGCAAAACGUAUUGAACCCUCGUGGCAAGGAUCGCGGAACGUUUAUUGCGUGGGACUGUCCGCGAAGGGAGGAGGUUUUGGGCCAGGUCAAAUCGAAGGGGGUGAACAUGGGUGGCAGCGGCGAUGCUGCAAUCUGA